GAAUAGUUCCCUCUUGACGGGCGGCGUCAAUUUUCGAGCACUCAACCCAUCUCUAGAAGGAAGCCAGGGUUUUGGAAGGGGGUUUCAUCCUAAAACCCCUAAUCUCUGAAUUGGCCUGAAAUCAAUAGAUAAAAUUUGCGAGUUUGAGUUUUCAUUCUCUAGUUGAAUCCCAAUGUUGAAGGUUCUUUCGUCUUCGGUCUUACUUCGGAGAAAAUUACAGAAUCUACCCUCCAGAAUUCCCUCAAAUCGAGAUUUUAGAAGCCCAUUGCUUCGAUUCUUCGAGUCCUCGAAGUUAACAAACGGUAAUAAUCUGGUCCAAUUCGGAAAGGCAUGGUUUUGUUCGGAUUCUAGUGAUGGUUCAGUCAAAAUUGUCGAAAUAAAGGCGGCCGAGGACGCUGCUGAAGGCGAUGGAGCCGAGGAGGCCGAUUCAAAGUCAAAUUCCGCGAUCGUAUCGACGAACCCUAGACCCGAGGAUCAUUUGACGGUUGUCGCAUUACCGUUGCCGCAUCGACCAUUGUUUCCCGGUUUUUACAUGCCUAUCUCUGUAAGGGAUCCCAAAUUGCUAGCGGCUUUAGUUGAAAACCGUAAAAGAUCAGUUGCAUAUGCUGGUGCAUUUCUUCUGAAGGAUGAGCCAGGAGUUGAUCCCAGUCUUCCAUCUGGUUCAGAAACAGAAAAAAGUAUUUAUGAUCUGAAAGGAAAAGAAUUAUUCAAACGCCUUCAUGAAGUUGGGACCCUGGCACAGGUAAGCAGCAUACAUGGGGAGCAGGUAGUGCUCAUAGGUCAUCGACGUCUGAGGAUAACUGAGAUGGUCGAAGAGGAUCCACUUACCGUAAAAGUUGAUCAUCUGAAGGAUUUGCCUUUUGAUAAGGAUGAUGAUGUUAUAAAAGCAACUUCAUUUGAAGUUAUAUCAACAUUGAGAGAUGUUCUUAAGAUAAAUCCCUUGUGGAAAGAUCAUGUUGCCACAUAUACUCAGCAUAUUGGUGACUUUAAUUUCCCAAGGAUAGCAGAUUUUGGAGCUGCAAUAUGUGGGGCCAACAAGAUACUUUGUCAGAAAGUGCUUGAAGAACUAGAUGUGCUCAAGCGCCUGAAGCUGACUCUAGAAUUAGUUAAGAAAGAGAUGGAGCUGAGUAAGCUACAGGAGUCAAUUGCAAAAGCAAUUGAAGAAAAAGUAACUGGUGAGCAUCGGCGUUAUUUGUUAAGUGAACAACUUAAAGCUAUAAAGAAGGAGUUAGGUAUAGAGACAGAUGACAAAACAGCACUUUCUGGUUACUUUGAGCGCAACAUAAAGAGAACAGUGUCGCUGCCUGCAUGUCCGUGAGUUAUAGAAGAAGAGCUCACGAAACUGCAGCUUUUGGAGCCUAGUUCUAGCGAGUUUAACGUAACUCGCAAUUACCUUGAUUGGCUUACUGCAUUACCUUGGGGGAACUACAGUGAUGAAAAUUUCGAUGUCCAUCAUGCUCAAAAGAUUUUAGAUGAGGACCAUUAUGGUUUAUCCGAUGUAAAAGAGAGGAUAUUAGAAUUUAUAGCAGUUGGAAAACUAAGAGGGACCACACAUGGAAAAAUUAUUUGUCUCUCUGGGCCUCCGGGUGUGGGUAAAACUAGCAUUGGUCGAUCAAUUGCACGCGCACUAAAUCGAAAAUUCUAUAGAUUUUCUGUCGGAGGCUUAGCUGAUGUGGCUGAGAUCAAGGGACAUCGUCGUACAUAUAUUGGUGCUAUGCCAGGAAAGAUGGUGCAAUGCCUAAAAAACGUGGGGACAGCUAAUCCUUUAGUUUUAAUUGAUGAGAUAGACAAGCUGGGUAAAGGACAUGCUGGUGACCCAGCUAGCGCUAUGUUGGAGCUACUGGAUCCUGAGCAAAAUGCAAAUUUCCUUGACCACUAUCUUGAUGUACCCAUUGAUCUAUCGAAGGUGUUGUUUGUCUGCACUGCCAAUGUAAUUGAUAUGAUACCAAAUCCUCUCCUGGACAGAAUGGAAGUUAUCCCUCUUGCUGGUUAUAUCACAGAUGAGAAAAUGCACAUAGCAAGGGACUAUUUGGAGAAGACAACUCGUGAAGCUUGUGGUAUCAAGCUGGAACAAGUAGAAGUGACAGAUGCUGCUCUCCUUGCGCUAAUACAGAAUUACUGCCGAGAAGCUGGUGUCCGGAAUCUUCAAAAGCAAAUUGAGAAAAUAUAUCGCAAGAUAGCUCUGCAACUUGUACGUCAAGGAGUAUCAAAUGAACCAUCACGAGUUGUUUCUAAUCAGCAAGAAACGAAAGAAUCCAGUGAUUCUUCUGAUAAAGAAUCUAAUGAGACGGAAUACCAGUUGGAAAAUAAAACUGAGGAUGAUAGCUCACGUGAACAAGUCAUUGAAACUAGCUCGAAACUUCCAGAAUCAAGUGAAUCUAGCUUACAUUGUCAGGCUGACUCAUCCACUGAAUCAGAUCAACUGGAUGGUGAGAAGGAUCCUGCAGAUUCCCUGGGGAAGGUUGGUGAUAGUGCCAGAACAAAGCAAGAAAUUGAGGUCAAUUUGGGGUCAGAUGAGGUCAAGCAAGAAACAGGUAAUGCUAAGGUCGAAGAGGUCGUAGUUGACGAGUCAAACCUUAUUGAUUUUGUAGGGAAGCCAGUUUUUCAUGCGGACCGAAUUUACAGCCAAACCCCUGUAGGAGUUGUCAUGGGUCUGGCUUGGACCUCAAUGGGUGGUUCCACAUUGUAUAUAGAGACCGCCCAGGUUGAACAAGGAGAAGGAAAAGGCUCACUUUUGCUAACAGGGCAGCUUGGAGACGUGAUGAAGGAAAGUGCUCAAAUAGCUCAUACAGUAGCCAGAUCAAUAUUAGGGGAGAAAGAGCCAGAAAAUCGUUUCUUUGCAGACUCUAAGCUCCAUUUGCAUGUUCCCGCUGGCGCUACUCCAAAGGAUGGGCCAAGUGCUGGAUGCACCAUGAUCACAUCGAUGCUGUCCCUUGCUAUGAAGAAGCCAGUGAAGGAGGAUAUUGCUAUGACUGGUGAAGUUACAUUAACGGGGAGAGUUCUCCCAAUUGGCGGGGUCAAGGAAAAAACAAUUGCUGCAAGGAGAAGUGAUGUGAAGACUCUCAUAUUCCCUUCAGCUAAUAAAAGAGAUUUUGAUGAGCUUGCUAACAAUGUGAAGGAAGGACUUGAGGUUCACUUUGUAGAUGAUUACAGCCAGAUAUUUGAGUUGGCUUUUGGAAUUACAGCGGAAGCAGAAAAGUAAACUUGCAGGUGUUUGGUUGCCUUGUUACAGUUCUCCCCCCUUUUCUUUUCGAUUUUUAGGCCAAUAUUUCUUCAGACUUAUCUCAAAAGCAUAUUCAUUAUGUUGGCUCCUGAGUUAUAUAGAUGUUGCGUGCUGUCAGAAUUCCUGGUUUUACCAUUCAGUCGCUUUUGUCCUUUUGAUCUUAUUUUUGGUGGGUAGAAUUUACAGUAUAUAGGUCCAUUUUGACAUCAAGAGUGAGGCAGCAUUAUAGAGGAUAUGAAAUUUUUUUCCCCCAGCAUGUAUACUAAAUUCUGUAUCAGACUGUUUCAAAUCAAAGAAGAAGAAAUUGAACAAUCUUUGCACUGUUUUUUUAUUGUAACAACAUCAGCAGUUUUUCUGCAUCAUUGAUCAUCGAAUACAGUGAUGAUCUUGUAACCGUUGUUGAAAUAUUCGUAAUAUGCUAAUAUUUGUAAACAUUUUCUAUCA